AUGGCUGUCACGACAGAUUACAAGAAAUUUCUGGCAGAACAGAUUCUGACCGAGGACAAAGUAAUUACUUAUCGGUACCUUGGCCGAUCCCUUGGAGUGCGCUUCAAUGCCGCCAAGCAAAUGCUCUACGAGUUUCACAAGUCGCAAAAUGAACGGAAGCCAGGUGCCAUUCAUGCGACUUAUCUCGUGUACGGCGUCAAAUCAAAUGAGGAUUCUCUCCAUGGGCGUUCUCAGCCGGACGGGGACAUUGAGAUGGCGAGCUCUAUGCCCGAGGUUGAAGAAAACUCAGAGCAAGUACCAGUGUUCACGGUCACUCUGGUUAAGGAGGAAAACCUAGAGGACUGUCUAGCGCAGUAUGAACAAGUGACUUCCAUUCACGUAUACAGCAUAGGGAGGCACCCUAUGAGCAAGGACCCGCAACUCCUAUCAGAUGCAGCUCAGCAAGCCCUUCAGAUCGCGUCCGCCGACGAUCCUCUUGAGCUGAACAGAAAAUUAGGCAACAUCAGCAACUCUCAAGUGCGGCGACGAGACCGGAAAGGAUUAGCAGUCCCGCCACCGGCCGCUGUAAAGUCAGAGCCGAAGCCCAGCCAACCGGUGAAGGCCGAGCCUCCCAAACCCCAGGGAGUGUUCGGAAAGUCAAAUGCGCCUGCCAAAGACGAGUCCAAGUCGCAGGACACCUCAUCUGCAAAGUCAUCACAAGCAGCGUCUGCGGCCUCUACGCAAAGCGACAGCAAAAAGCCCCCAUCGUCUAUGAAACGGGGCGGCUCCGGCGGUUUGAUGCAGGCCUUUGCAAAGGCUAAGCCCAAGAAGAAGGUCGAGCUCACCGUGCCUUCUCAGACCGACACUGCCAUGUCAGAUGACGGAGAGGAUGAUUCGGAAGCCGUGCCUGCGCCGAGAAACGCCGAGCCUGCCGAUGGAGCCGCCAGCCGCAAGACGCGAAAGGAGAGGGAGGAGGAGCUGAAGCGCAUGAUGGAAGAGGAUGAUGACGAUGUGGAGGAAGAGAAAGAGCGUGAAGACACCCCGAUGGAGGAGCCAGAGGAGGAGCCCGAGGAAGCGCCUGCCCCUGAGGCCCCCAAAGAGCCUGAAGAGCCAGCAGAGGUAGUCUCGGCUAGUACCGGAGACGGCCGGAGGCGUGGCAGGAAGCGGGUCAUGCGCAAGAAGCAAAUCAUGGACGAUCAGGGCUACCUCGUCACCAUUCAAGAAGCGGCCUGGGAGUCUUUCUCCGAGGACGAAACCCCGCCUAGUUCUGCAAAGCAAGUAAAGCCUGUCGUUGCUGCGCCGGCCGCAGCAUCUGCUGCAAAAGGCAAAAAAGGUGGAGCCAAAGGGCAAGGUAACAUCAUGUCGUUCUUUUCGAAGAAGUGA